GGAGCAGAACAGGGUCAGGCCGCAGGGUCCCCGGGACGCGGCGGUGGCCGAGAAUGAGGAUGACACAGUGGGCGCCGCGCGCCAAGGGCCGGCCCUCCUUGGCCCCCGGGCCAGCGCCGCGGCGGGGACCGCGCAGCAAAGUUUCGAGCCGCGGGCGCCGCGCGCCGGUCCCUCCCCGCGCAGAUCCCUUGGCGGAGUCUCUGCUGCCGCCGCUGCCAGGGCAGGACAAAGGCUCAUUAACACGUGAUGGGACCACGCUUCAUAAAUGGGACUGGAGCGAGAGCGAGCCAGAGACAGCGCGCAAGCGGAGGGAGAGGCAGGGACCGCGAGCAGGGCGCGGCGACGGGCGCUCCGGCUGGCCCAGGCGGGCGGCCCCACGCUGGCCAGCGCGGUCAGCCGGACGCCAGGGAGAGCCAGGGAACGAACCCCGCCUGCCAGAGCCCAGGGGCGACAGUCCCGGGGGCUGUGGCGCACCGGUGCUGGAGGCCGGGGACGCGGGCGCGCAGACCGACUGACUUACUGACCGAUCGCCGCAGGCACGCCCCGCUCCACCCCGCCCCGCCGCGCCCCGCGCCGCCUCCCCAGCUCGCUCUCUGCCUCUACCUUCUCCACUUCUUUUCCGCCUCCGCCUCUUUCGGGCUCCCCUGGCGCCAGAGCCUUCGCUUCCCCUGGCUCAGGCGGGAGCCUGGACUGUCUGCAGAGCUCUCCUAGAGUCUGGGGGCAAAUUUCCUUGUAGCAGAGAGCCAGCCCCUUGGCUGGGCGACAGGUGCCGAGGGAGCUUCUGGCCCGUGGACCAGGGGAUGCGAAGGGGUUCCCUCCUGGCAUCUCUUUCUCAGUCGCUGUGAGUCUGGCCUAAUCGAAGACUGGGGUUAUGAAGUCGAUCCUAGAUGGCCUUGCAGAUACCACCUUCCGCACCAUCACCACAGACCUCCUCUACGUGGGCUCCAAUGACAUUCAGUACGAAGACAUCAAAGGAGACAUGGCAUCCAAAUUAGGAUACUUCCCACAGAAAUUCCCUCUGACUUCCUUCAGGGGUAGUCCCUUUCAAGAAAAGAUGACUGCAGGAGACAACUCCCCGUUGGUCCCUGUGGUCGACACAGCAAACAUCACAGAAUUCUACAACAAGUCUCUCUCGUCAUACAAGGAGAAUGAGGAGAACAUCCAGUGUGGGGAGAACUUCAUGGACAUGGAGUGCUUUAUGAUUCUGAACCCCAGUCAGCAGCUGGCCAUUGCUGUGCUCUCCCUCACACUGGGCACCUUCACUGUUCUGGAGAACCUGCUGGUUCUGUGCGUCAUCCUGCACUCCCGCAGUCUCCGAUGCAGGCCCUCCUACCACUUCAUUGGUAGUCUGGCAGUGGCCGACCUCCUGGGAAGCGUCAUUUUUGUCUACAGCUUUGUUGAUUUCCAUGUGUUCCACCGUAAAGACAGUCCCAAUGUGUUUCUGUUCAAACUGGGUGGGGUCACGGCCUCCUUCACAGCUUCUGUGGGCAGCCUGUUCCUCACAGCCAUUGACAGGUACAUAUCCAUUCACAGGCCUCUGGCCUAUAAGAGGAUCGUCACCAGGCCUAAGGCCGUAGUGGCUUUUUGCCUGAUGUGGACUAUUGCAAUAGUAAUUGCUGUGCUGCCUCUCCUUGGCUGGAACUGCAAGAAGCUGCAAUCUGUUUGCUCCGACAUUUUCCCACUCAUUGAUGAAACCUACCUGAUGUUCUGGAUUGGAGUCACCAGCGUGCUGUUGCUGUUCAUUGUGUAUGCAUACAUGUACAUUCUCUGGAAGGCUCACAGCCAUGCAGUGCGCAUGAUUCAACGUGGAACCCAGAAGAGCAUCAUCAUCCACACAUCAGAAGAUGGCAAGGUGCAGGUGACCCGGCCUGACCAAGCCCGCAUGGACAUUAGGUUGGCCAAAACCCUGGUCCUGAUCCUGGUGGUGUUGAUCAUCUGCUGGGGCCCUCUGCUUGCAAUCAUGGUCUACGAUGUCUUUGGGAAGAUGAAUAAGCUUAUCAAGACGGUGUUUGCCUUCUGUAGUAUGCUCUGCCUGCUGAACUCCACCGUGAAUCCCAUCAUCUAUGCUCUGAGGAGCAAGGACCUGAGACACGCUUUCCGAAGCAUGUUCCCUUCGUGUGAGGGGACGGCCCAGCCUCUAGAUAACAGCAUGGGGGACUCAGACUGCCUGCACAAGCACGCCAAUAACACAGCCAGCAUGCACAGGGCCGCGGAGAGCUGCAUCAAGAGCACCGUUAAGAUCGCCAAGGUGACCAUGUCUGUGUCCACAGACACGUCUGCCGAGGCUCUGUGAGCCUGCUGCUUUCGUGGCUGCACAGCGAAAGAAAUUCUUUUCUUUUCUUUCUUUUAGCUUAAAAUUUAGAGGUCUGUCAUCUCCUUGGUUUUAUAUAUAUAUUUUAAGUUUACCAUGUUUAGUAAAUAGUGACUGUCACUGUGCUUACUUAUCAGCUGGCUGACAUAUCAAUAGUUUAGGUAUUUAAACUCCAUUCUCCAGGGGUUUACAGUGAAGAAAGCCUGCUGCUUCAGUUACCCAAUGGUCCUUCAAGUCUCUGAAAUAGAAGGGAAACCUUUGGCUACAAAAUCUGAAGCCUAAGUAUCCAUAGAAAAACAUCAUGAAGUGAGAAAUGCCUUUGAGACCCACAACUUUCACGAUAAUGUGGUAUGUGUCCAUCAAUAGUACAAAAAAGUGCAUUUUUACAAUAAGUAUAGUGCUACAGUAGAAAUACUUUGUAAAACGUUUUAUGUCCUGUGAGUUGUGUAUCAGUGUUUACUGUGUCAUUUUGUCUAGCUUAGAAAAACCAGAAGGUAGACCUUCAUAAGAACGCUGGCAUACGGGAGUGGGUAUGUAGCAGGGAGACCCCUGUUUAGAUGGUAUUAUUGUCCAUGAUGAAAUUUUAGAAACCUUGGUAUUUCUUCCAGUAUCCAUAUCUAAAGUUAACAUUGAAAUAACCAUACAGGUUUAUUGUUUGGUUAAAACAACAAGAAGAUUUUGAAGACUAUCCAAAAGUAUCAAGCAGAAUUUGUGGACAUUUAAACGGUGGUUAGGCCUGACUUUCCAUAGAAGGACAUUUACUAUCUUCUGGACCGCAGCUGUUCAGUUGGGUAAUGGAUUAUAAUCAGAAUGGAAAGAAGAAGUAUACUGACUUUUUAAGGCUGAUGUUGCUGACUUUCUUCAGUUGUUAGCUCUCUCUGGACCUCUUCAGACAGCAUGUGUCAAUCUCAAUGUACACUGUUCUCACUGUGCAGCUGUUUACUUGUAGUGCAUUGUUACGUUCCAGACUUAAGUAGAUUUCAGGCCCAGAUGGCCAAAACACAGUCUUCUUCUUUUUAAUUGAGAAGAAGUAUUGUCUGAUUCAGUGAAAUUGUACCACGUGCGUGUGAUUGUAAAUGUGCGUGUGUAUGUGUGUGUUUGUGUGGUCUGUCUUGUAACUGUUACAGCAAUGUCACAACACGAGAAAACUGACCAAGUGUGAGCUGCGCCACUUGCUGCCCUCUUGCACACGAAUUCAGUUCCUAAAAUCAAGUUCUUCAUCAAGUCUUAUCUGUAGAAAUUCUGACUAAAACCUUUCAGAAACACCUUCCCACCUAAGCGAUUGGGUUCGAAUGAUCUUUAGGUGUUCCAGAAGGCCAGCAUUUGGCAAGGAGUAAUCAGUAUGAGGGGCAAAAAACGUAGAGCAUUCUCCUGGGGACAGGCCAGUGUGGGGGAUGGUGGGCACCUAUUAGUGGUCCAAUUCAUGGGAAUGAAAAUCAGUAACUGGGAGAUGGUUCUAAGACCUUCAAAACCCCCCAACAGGAACAAGUUUCAUGCAUGCAUGCAUGCAUGCAUGCAUGCAGGCAGGCAGGCAUGGAGACCCCAGGUUAGGGAGUACUACACAGAGCAUGCCAGUUCCCAGGUUCAGCCAUUUGAUAUCAGAGGGUGUGUAGGUCAGCGAGUAUGACAAAAGGGUGGUGCAAACCUGGUGACAGCCUUGUGCCUGGCUUUGUUCAGGUAAGUUUGGGCUAAGGAAUAGACAGUGUCUCUGCUUGCUGGUAUGAGGACAUGACAAAGCAUAAAGAUGAGGGUAGCUAGCUUCUGACUGGCUCCUUUGCCAUGGUGCUCAGAGUUGGGCCCUUUCCCAGGAGGGAGAGGUAUUGCUUUUAAAAGCCGCUUGCUCCUGGUAAGUUCUGCUGGGAGUCUCUCCUCUUCCUACAGCUUCUCACCAGUCCUGGAACUGAAUAGCAUGCAGCAGAAUGCUAGCAGAGCACCUACCUGGGAUUUCUAGUGUGUCAGGUUCCCAGAUGAAGGAGCAGUACCCCUUCUUGCAAUCAGUGGUAAGAUGGAUGUGGCCUGAGGGCCAAGCUGGGAUGUAUUUGCCUGCUGAGUCUCUGGCUUUCCUUUCUCUGUGCACAGAUGAGGACUCAGGACUCAGGAGGAUUAGUAACUCCAUAGAGAGGGGCAUUGACAGAAUAUCACCAGGGGCUAGGAAUUGCCAGACUUGUCCUGUAGCAACCUGAAUACCAAUCUUCAUGUCUCUAGUAACCAGGCAGUACCACCUCUUCUCACAACUACAAAAACCUGGUAGGAAAUUCUGAGUAUAGGAAUAAAAAAAAAAAAAUCCAAGAUUCAUUUUUAAAACUGUAUUAGUGUAAAUGCCAUCUUAGUGGUAGAUUUUAUAGUGUAUUGAACUUUCAAGACCUAACUCAUAUAUAAUAAGCUAAGGGACAAUGGGGCUGAUAGCACUAAACUUGGUGCUUAUUGACACUCUAAGAAAUAUCUGUGAAAUAUCAUCACGUGUGCAUUAAACUACCUUCAUUUAAAAAUGCUUCAAAUUAGUUGGAUCCACUUUGGCACUUCCUGUACCAUUUCCUAACCCUAGUGACCAAAACAUUCUCCCUGGUGAAUAUGGUCAUUAGAAUUACAUUCAUUAGUAUCAUUCAUUAACCAGCCCCUUAAUUAGAUACAUUCAUUUCAAUUUAAUUACUUAUAUGCUCUGGCAUCAGGGUUAUCUACUUUCCUCUGACAUCUGUCCUGAACAUGCUUUCUUCUACCAUUUCUCAUCUUCAAAAAGGACCAAGUCCCCAACUGCAUGACUUCUUCAGAAUAAAGACAGAGUCCUUGACUAACACUAUUGUUUAAACAAAGAAAGCUAUCUCCAAGGGCCCCGAAUUUUUCACUAUGUAUGAAAUAUAUGUAAAAGGAGUGUGGAUCUGGGCAAUUUAGACAUAUGUCUGUGACAGAUAACUCCCAAGCUCCCUGAUACUUACUGUCAGGGCUAGCUGGUAUCUAAUGCCAAGGAAUUUUUGCUACCUAAACACAUUCUGCAGGAAAUAGGCCCAACCACCAGAUGAGUACUAGAUCUCUGGUUACUGUUCAGUUCACUUAUUUCUGCCAUUCCAUAUCCAUAACCAAGAUCACUAACAUCAUGCAGAAAAUUAGAUCUCUCAUACUCUUAACUGUAUAUUUGUAUGAUAUUUUAAAAUCUCCUAAAUGGUCAUUCACAGUUGCUUUGCACUGGCCUUCUGAUAAAAUGCUAACACACCUAUUGUAAUAUACAUGAAACAUUCUAUCUACUGAUUUGGACUGAAUGUAUGUACAUAGGUUUUACAAAUGAGUCAGAUGUUGAAGCAGUGGUUUACAGACCAGUGAUUUUCAGACAGAGUUUCUUUCAAUUGCUGUGGUAUCUUAAAAAUCAUUCUUUGUGUAAACUUAUUGAACUCUAGGGGUCCUAGAGAUCAGAGUCUCCUAGAGAGGAAAUCUUUUCUUGUGAUAAUAUGAACCGAGAUACUAGAUUAUCUUGUUUCUCACUUCCAGUGUUUCAAGUGGAAAACACAUCUCCCUAUUGUCUCUGUAAAUGGAACAUCCUUUUCCUCUUAAAGAAUAUUGUACUGUUAGAUGUCUGUUAAGCUGAUAGCAUCAUUGAGACUGCUGUGAUGUCUUUGUCAGUAAUCUAUAUAAUAUUUUGUAUACAAGUACUGGUAAGAUUGUUAUUAAAUGUAGCUUCAGUCAUUAAAUUACUAUAGCAAAGUAGAACUUCUGUAAUAUUUACAAUGUAUUAAGCCUACAGUAUAUUUUAUUUCAUUGAUGGAAUUUAAUUGUUAUUUAUUCAAGAGAAAACAGUUCAUCAUGUCUAUUGUCUAAAAUUACCUGGAAUCAAAUAAAAAUUCUAGAUUAUCAUGGAAAACA